UAUUGGGAGUAGACCUUAGGCUAAGUCUUUUAACUUAUUAAAUUCAUCUGACAAUCCUAAUAGGCAAAAUGUUGGGUAUACGCACUCCACCAAAAACGGCACCUGCCAUCAGGCGCAGUAUAGAUAAGUGGGAGGAGGCCUCCAGCCAGGCCCCUAGGGCAGCACAAGAAGAACCUCUGGCAGGGGGAAGGGGAGCGGGUAAGUCUCCUGCUCCCGCUCAAGCCAGGGAAAAAGAGGCAAAAAAUUGUUACCUAAAGGCAAUGGCGCACUUGGCGGAGUCCCGAAACAUAAAAACCGAAAUAAAAACAGGGGUACAGUCAGCUGUAAAGCGGCUGUACCAAAUGGUAAAAGAAGCCGAGGAGGAGUUGGCGGGAGGCCCAGCAAGAACAACAACUAAAACAAGAAACGAAAAAGACAUGGAAGAAAAUAUAUAUGAUAAGCUAAACAGACAAAUUGAAAGAUUGGAAGCAGAAAAUAGUAGGCUGGAGAAAUGUAGGAAAGGAAUAGAGGAUCUGGCAAAAAAGAAAGAUGAAUGGGUCCUGACCGAGAUAAGGAAAGAGUUUGAGGAGAAGGAAAAGAAGGAUAUGGAGAGGCAGAACAACUGGGCUGCAAGUAUGAAAUCGUACGCCGAAGCGACGAAAGUAAAUCUCGGUCAGGGCAAAAACGACAUAGAAGGCCCGGGGCAAAAACCUGCACUGCACUCUGUCGUGGUGGCGCCGAAGAACGCGACCGACACGGCAGAGGAAACGGUGCAGAACAUCCGGCACUUGCUAAACGCGAAGGAGGAAGGUUGGCAAGUGCAAAAAAUAAGAAAAGCAAGAGAUGGGAAGGUUGUGGUGGGUUGCAGGACAGAGGAAGAGAGAAGAAAACUUAAAGAAAAACUGGGCACAGAAAUGGAGGUCAAGGAGACCUCCAACAAAAACCCUCUCGUAAAAAUAAAAAAUUUACUGACCUGCAACACCACCGAGGAUAUUGCCCGGGCCCUAAAGAACCAGAACAAACACGUGACUGCGCACCUAGAGGAAAGAGAGCUGACAAUAGUAGAAAAGUAUAGAAGGAAGGCAAGAAACCCUCUGGAGAGCCACGUGGUCCUGCAGGUCACGCCUAAACUCUGGCAAGCCCUGACAUCGGCUGGCAGGAUACACGUGGACCUGCAGAGGGUUUGGGUAGAGGACCAAUCCCCUCUGGUCCAAUGCACAAUGUGUCUGGGGUAUGGACAUACCCGCAGGAACUGUAAAAAAGAUACAGAGGUGUGCAGUCACUGUGGAGGAGCCCACAUGAGGGCCGAUUGCCAGAUCCUCGGGGAAGGAAAGCCUCCCAGCUGCGUUAACUGUAAAGCAAUGAAAGGAAGAGACGCAGAGCACGGAGCCUUCAGCCAGAGCUGCCCAACCCGGCAGGGAUGGGACAGGGCAGCGAGGCUGAGUUACGCGUACUGUUAAAAAAGCCGAGGGCUCCAACAUAAACACCGGCUUUCUCCUGGCACAGGCGAACCUUGGAAGAAAGAGAAUCGCGAACCAGGAGUUUAUAAAGGAAGCGGGGGGUAGGAAGGUAAAGAUAGCACUACUCCAGGAACCGUACACAGGGGCCAAUAAACAGAUGGCAGAAAGCCCUAUGUACAGAGUAGUGCAGUGCGUUCCCACAGGGAAGAAACCGGUGAAGGCGGCGGUACUUGUUUUCGAUGAACACAUCGAGGUCUCACAAGACAAAUCACUCACCACCGAGAACAUAGUGGCCGCCGUCCUGAGAACGGACAAGUGGGAACUAGGGGUAAUAUCAGUGUACUUCGAAGGCGAUGAACCCAUCGAACCAUACCUCGUACAGUUAAGAGGCUUCACGAGAAAGUUAAAAACCAAGAUGGUACUGAUUGGAGGGGACGUGAACGCAUGGAGUGAGUGGUGGGGGAGCCGGAACGAAGACACAAGAGGAAAGGAACUACGAGGGUUCCUUGAUGAAGAGGGGCUGAGCAUCUUAAAUUGUGGAAACACACCCACCUUCGACACCGUUAGAGGGGGCCGUAGAUACACGAGUACAGUCGACAUCACAGUAUGUACAACGGCUCUCCUCAGCAAGGUAACGAAAUGGUGGGUUGACACAUCAAUUACCAGUUCGGAUCACAACACAAUAUUUAUGACUACAGCCCUUCAAAAACCCCAAACGCACACCCUACCGAAGACGACCCGCAAAUACAAAACAAAAAACGCAGA